AUGCCUCGAAUUUAUACCCUGAAUGAUCUUGUCUCCCGAAUUACUUGUGAACGAAAGUCUCAUGCCAAUCUUAAUUCCAAGCAGUUAAAAGAAAUAGAAUCGCUAAAAUCUAAAAAUAAUUUACUAGAAAGCUCAGUAUCUUCAACACAAAAAGCUCUAUUUUUAAAGGAUUCUGAAAUUACCUCUCUUGAGGCUAGAAUAAAUGAACUGGAAGCUGAGCUGGAACAAAUAGCGCAAAAAGCUUUAUUAGCCGAAGGCGCCGAGGCAAAGGAUUCUGAUACUACCCAAUCACUUGAGAUUAAAGUAAAGGAAUUAAAAAAUGAACUGGAGCAACUUACGCAAGAUUCAUCAUUUAAGGAUGGAUUAAUUUUCUGUCUCAGAUCUAGGGUAAGCAAUCUGGAAGAUGAACUAGAUCAGAUUGCUUCGCAUCAGGUAUCUCAUGAUUCAAAAAAAGGUAGUGUAGAAGCAGACUCAGCCUCAUCAUCCAACAAUUAUAAGCAUAAUGAAGUAGUAGAAGAGGUUCCCCAUUUUUCUUCACGCUACUUAGAGCGUGAACCCGAUGGAAAAGGAGAUUAUGAUAGUAUUUCAGCCGUACCUAUUACUGCGUUAGGAG